AUGGGAUGCUUUACUGUGUUAAAGAGUAAGAAGAAGAAAUCCGACCAUACCAAUUACGUUAAACAUGUGAACCCACAGGAGCAUUCACCUUCUAUUUUGCCUGAACCCCAAAACCGUACGCGCUCUCUACAGUCUGCUCCCUCGAGCUUCAAUACCAGAGUUAAACCUUUACAGUCAAAUGUUAGUGGAGUAAGCAGUAGCAGAAUGCGAACAUUAUCAGCCCCUUCUAGUCUCGAUGCUGCCGAACAAGAUGCACUUGCAUCUGCCGAAUAUGAGGAUCAAGAAGAAACAAGAACUCGAAUCGGGUCCAUAAAAGAAUAUAGUAAUUCAUCGAGUCCUCAGCCUCUUCCCCUCCCAUCACCCUGUGGUGCUAAUGCUCUUAAGACCACUGCAAGUUUUAAAAUGAUAAAUGGCAGUGGCCCUCUUAACAUGUCCGGGCCCCUCCCUCUACCCCCUACUUCACAUCCAGCUCUCACGUCUAAAGGGACACUUCUCAAUUUUUCCUAUGAAGAACUUGCAUCUGCUUGUCAUAACUUUUCUCCUGAGAGAUGUAUGUCUGAAGGUUUAUCUUCUGUCAUAUACCGAGCUUCGUUUGUGGAGGAUGCUUCUGGAUCAAAGAAGCUUGAAGCCACUGUGACUCGUCUUCAUCCUUGCAACCAGGGUUUGAAGGAAUUUGUGAAUGAUGUAAAUACGCUAGCAUCUUUGCAACACCCUUACCUCUGUAAAUUAAUUGGAUAUCAUGCGCGCGAAGGCUCAGGUCUCAGGAUGUUGGUUUAUGAGAGGCUAUUUCAUGGAAGCCUCGAUCGGCUUUUAUAUGGAAGAUCAGAUGGUCCACCGCUCGACUGGAAUAGCAGAAUGAAAGUUGCUCUGUGUGCCGCACAAGGUCUUACCUUUUUGCAUGAGGAAGGACCCUUUCAGGCAAUGUUCCAUGAUUUCUCAACCUCAAAUAUACAGAUUGACAAGGAUUUUAGUGCAAAGCUUUCUGGGUAUGGUUGCAUCAGCCACAUUCCCGAGGCAGAUAUCUCCAGCAGCUCAGUCGCUGUGGCAAAUCUUUCAGUGGAGACUCUUGAAAGGGGCCUGUUAACACCAAAGAGCAACGUGUGGAGUUUCGGUAUUGUGCUUCUCGAAUUGCUCACGGGUAGGAAAAACCUCGACAGCCGGCAUGCAAAGGAAGAGAGGAAUCUCGUAAAAUGGAGUCGCCCUUUCCUGGCAGACGAUUGCAGGUUAUCCCUUAUCAUGGACCCUCAGCUGAAGGGUCGUUUUCCGGCCAGAGCUGCUAGGACAGUGGCCGAUAUUGCCCAACGGUGUCUCCAGGUGGACCCCUCAGAGAGGCCCACGAUGAGGUUCAUUGUUGAGCACCUCAAGACCAUACAGGAUUUGAAGUAUGCGUCUCGGUUUCCUUUGCAGGAGCCGAGCAAAAUUGGCGGCAAACAGAUGUUCAGAUCACCCAGCUUAAAUGGGAUUGUGCCGAAGGCCACAAGAUCGAAUUUUUCUCCUUCUCCUCCUUCGGCUAGACCUAAGUCUAUUACACCCCUGCAUGGGUUGCCGCUAGCUCUCCCUCCCAGAUCGAGUUCGUCUACUCUGUUAUUAGAGGAAAGUGAUCGGCAGGAAAGCUGUAGAUUUUCUUCAUCCACCGUUCGUAGGUCGAGUGAAAGAUUUUGA